AUGAGGCGGAAUAGCAUUGUCGUGCCAAUACGCUCGUCUCGACGACGUAUUCACCUGCUACUUGCACUCUUACUGACAACUGCUAUCUACUUCUGCCUCCCAUAUCUGGCUCCGUCGUCACCUGCCUUGAAGACUGAGACACUUCUCCGCCCGGGCCCUGGUGGUAAUGGCCAUGGUGUCAACAAUCAUGGCCAUGACUCGAGCAGUGCGAAGCCGUCCAUUCCACUUAUCAAGCAUGACGAUAAUACCGUUGAGGUAGUGGUAGCUAGCAUGAAGCGUGAAAACGUUACAUGGCUGCAUGAUUACCUCCCGAAGUGGAAGAAGAACAUAUACGUUGUGGACAACCGCAGCGCUGAGUUGACCGUUCCCGAAAACAAGGGAAGGGAAGCCAUGGUGUUCUUAACAUAUAUCAUUGAUCGCUACGAUUCGCUUCCUGCGAACAUCUUCUUUCACCAUGCAGAAAGAUUCCAAUGGCACAAUGAUAACCCCGACUACGAUGCGCUGGCACUCCUUCAACGAUUCCGCCUCGACUACCUUAAAGAAGAAGGAUACGCCAAUCUCCGCUGCGACUGGGCUCUGGGCUGUCCAUCGGCAAUAAAACCGUUCAUUGAUGCCACUCAAACAACCGCCGGUGAAGGUAUUACGUCGAAACAUGUAUAUAAGCAGGCCUUUGAAGAGCUAUUCCCCGGCGAAAGCGUUCCAGAGACUGUUGCCGUUGCAUGCUGCUCCCAGUUUGCAGUUCGGAGGACAACUAUCCAACGCCGUUCUAAGGCAGAAUAUAUUCGUUAUCGCAAAUGGUUACUUGAAUCAGAUCUUGAUGAUGGGCUCAGCGGACGGGUAUUGGAAUAUGCGUGGCAUAUAAUAUUUGGCAAGAAGGCCGUUCACUGUCCUGAUGCCGGAAUGUGUUAUUGCAGGAUGUACGGGCUGUGCGAUAUUAAAUGCGAUGAAACGCACUGUGAGGGGCAGUAUACCCUUCCUAAAUAUUCGAGUCUUCCGCAUGGCUGGCCAAAGGUAGGCUGGGACGGAGAGGAUAGACACUGGUCAGGCCUGGAAUGA